CUGAGUGAAUUUAAUUCACUUAGAAUCUACCAAACUAUAUGGCUCUCAUGCCAUAAAAACAGAAAGUAUACCUUGCCCAAUACACAGAAAAUAUUACAAUGUAAACCAGCCAUGAAGCAUUCUGACUAAUGGAAGAUAGUCUAUUCUUGGCCCUCUCAGCUAUCUUGGUUGUGUAGCUAGUGUACAAAUAUACAUGUAACUUCAUGUACUCUAAGCGAGUAUUGUAUGUUCACUUUACAGGUCACAGCGCUCUUAUUGGGACCCUUAUUGCACCCCUGAUGUUACUUGGAGGUCCAUUAGUCCUGAGGGCUGCUGCUGUAACAGGUGGUGUCGUUGGGGCCUUAUCACUGACUGCUGCCUGUGCACCUGAUGGCAAAUUUCUGACCUGGGGUGGUCCCUUGGCUAUUGGACUUGGUGGUGUUUGCAUGGCAUGCUUGGGUAGCCUAUUCCUCCCUGCCACCUCAGUGGUGGGUGCAGGCCUGCAGUCCAUUGCUACAUAUGGUGGGUUGGUAAUCUUUGGAGGUUUUAUGUUGUAUGACACACAGAAGAUCAUCAGGAGUGCUGAGACAUACCCUGUGCAUGCUGACAGACCUUAUGACCCUAUCAAUGCGUCGAUUGGAAUAUACAUGGACACGAUCAACAUCUUCAUCAGAAUUUUGACCAUUAUGGCGUCCUCCAACACGCGCCGAAGGAAGUAGCCUAGACCGGCUGAUAAACUGAUAUUGACGGGCAAAAAAAGAAGAUAAACUGUGUAACAUUUGUAUUACAGUCUGUGAUACGGGAAUUAGCCGUCACAUUUUUCAGAGUACAUAACUUAGCUUUCAUUUCUCGGAAGGCUGGUUAUUGCUAUGUCUUUGCUUUGCUAGUAAGGAUGGCGCUGCGAAAGUGCAUUUUGUUGUUGGAAGCAAUGUGAUGUGAUUAAUAGUAUUCAUUUAUUUGAUGUCAUGUCUUACAUGUAGCUUCCUUGGAUGUACCAGUGGCCAGAUUAAAAAUGUAAGAGGCCUCGUAUUAUUGAUCAGUAAGACUGUAUAUCUCAAGUGGGCUGUGGAUUGAUUCACUCUUAGAUGAGCCGUGAACAUAGUGCCGUUAACCUAGUAAACUGCCUCUAAUAAAAACAAUUACAACCGUCUUAUGCUGCUGCUUAGCUCUGUUUUAAGUUAUGAUAAGAAGAACUGUGUGCAAUAACUCUUUGUCACAUUUGUGCGAAUAAAAAUAAAAGAGAAUUUGAAGUCAUGGGUCGCUUAUACCAGCGGUUUGACAUACAAACGAGGCAAAAUUCUGUGUUGACCUUUUCGACUCAUUUUUAUACCUUUUUAAAUACAAAAGAAUAUCUAAUGGAGACAAAAGGAGAGAAGUAACAUUAGUUAGUCAUUAUUUAGUUUGUUGAUCAUCUCGGCCCUCCAAUAUGUUAUUACUUUAAUUUGUCAAACGCUGUUUAAGAUAAACUAAAGGUGUUGCAACCCCGGCAAACAGACCCAACAAUUCCAAUUCUUUUUGCGUGGUUAUUUUUCUCUCGGUGAACGUAACAAUAUAACAAUAAAAAAGCCUUUGACAACGCUGA